AAAGUGUCAAAAUAAAUAAAUAACCUAUUUAAUCAUUUAAAAAAUGCCUUUAGAUUAUCGAAGAUUCAAUGGACCUGAUGAUAGUGUUUCCUACAAACGCUUCACAGACAACUAUUUGAAGAGUUACGAUGAACUGUAUGAAGAGCUGAUCGACAAAAACAGUCGUAGGAAAGACGGACGAAAAUUGGAUGAAGCCCGAAGCAUGUGUAUGUUUUUUGCUCGCACCGAUUUGAUCUCACAAGCAAAAGGUUCUGCGUACAUCGAAUUAAAGAAAACCAAAGUGGUUUGUUCUGUUUUUGAUCCCAGGGAAAUACCACAUCAAAAUGAAUUCAGCCAAUUAGGUCAGCUUUACUGUGAAGUGAAAUUUGCACCAUUUUCAUGUGUACGACAAAGGCGUCCACAUGCUCCAGACGCAGAGGAGAGAGCUCUGUCUGUUGCUUUACGCCAAGCUUUAGAACCAGCAGUUUGCAGACAUUUGUUUCCAAAUUAUCAGGUAGAUGUAUUUGUCUACAUUCUUGAACAUGAUGGUGCUUGUUUAGCAGCUGCAAUCAAUGCAGCAGGGCUUGCAUUAGCAAAUGCCUCAGUCCCCAUGUAUGAUAUAAUCACAGCAUGUUCUUUGGCCAUUAUCGGUGAGAAAGUAUUUGUUGAUCCAACUGAGGCAGAAGAACAUCUUGCUAUAAUGUCUCCAGAUACAGAAGGCACAAAUCAUGGCAUCAUUACCAUGUCCAUGAUGUCAGAAUUGAAACAAGUGUCCGACUUUAUGCAAAUAGGCUCGAUGGAUGUUCAAUGUGUCACUAAAGUCAUGGAGAUUUUGGAAAAAGAAUGUGAAACUAUUGUGCCCAACAUACAAAAAGUUUUGGUUCUCAAUGUUGUUCAGUGUUUCAACCAGAGAAAACAGUUAGAGGCAGAGGCAAAAGAGAGAGAAGCUGCCUUGAAUGCCAAAAUGGAGGAGUGGAAAAAAAUAUUAAAUGCAGGGUGA